AUGCCGCCGCCUCCAAAUCCGCCGACGAAUGUGAAGCUGUUGCUCAUUGGCAACUCUUCUGUUGGAAAAUCGUCACUUCUUCUUCGAUUCUCUGAUGAAACUUGGCUACCAGAGGAUGAAGCCUCCGCCACCAUUGGUGUCGAUUUCCGUGUACACCGUCUCACACUUCGCAACGGUAAACAGGUCAAGCUCAGUAUAUGGGACACAGCUGGACAAGAGCGAUUUCGGACCAUUACUGCAAGCUACUACAGGGGCGCGCAAGGGGUGGUGCUGGUGUAUGAUGUCAGCAGUAGGGAGAGUUUUGAGGCACUACCGAGGUGGGUAGGGGAGAUGGAAACGUAUCUCGGCAAUGUGGCCGAAGGGCCUGUCAGGGUGGUAGUAGGCAAUAAGGUUGAUAAAGAAUUUUCGCGUGAGGUGUCCACUGCCGAAGGUCGCGCCUUCGCUGAACGUAUAGGAUCCCUGUUUGUGGAAGCCUCAGCGAAGACGUCUGUUGGCGUAAAUGAGGCGUUUACGGAAGUUGUCGAACGCAUCAUAGAACAAGGUGUUAGUGGAAGUUCACCGCAACGGACCGACGGCGGCCAAGGAGGCGUCCCAGGUGGCGUGCAGCUCGUUGGUGGAACUGCGAAGGAACAGGAUGCUGGAGGAUGCGCUUGUUAA